CCCCCACAUAACCAUCUCCGUCAAAAACCACGUGAACAGAUUUUUUGGAACACAUGAAACAAUCCACGGCUAUACGUACACCAUGGAAAACCCCGUGCUUAGAUUGGCAACCAAGCGACAUGACAUGAACCUUGACAGCAACCGAACUGGAAACGGGGCUAUAAUUUGGCCCCCUGGGCUUCCAUCGGAGGAUAUUCCUUUCAAUGACAACGAGGUUAAUGAGUAUUUGUAUUCCUGCCUUGAAGAAUUGACCAAGAAAUAUCUAGGCUAGAAGAGCAUCUUUAUGAUGUAUGCGGCGACUCUUCUU